AAGCUAACAUGUCAGGAUUGUUUGCUCCGUUUUUUCUGUUUCUUAUCUUGUGUUCCUUCGCAAGCCAGAGAAAAUCCCCAAACAAUGUAAGUUGUAUAAUUUUAGCCUUGUCUCCGCUGUAUAAAAAUCUUUAAUUAGGAAAGAAAGCAACAAGAUGAAGUUCUCAGUCAUAGUAUCAGACGGUGACGUAUAACCGAUAAUUUUAAAAUCAACCUUGGCUAUUAAGUCCCACACUUUCCAUCUUCAGGUUUCUACAAGUAGAAAAAAACAAAACCACUGCGGAAGAAACUGGGGAGGCUGCUGCAAAUGCUGCAACGGUGAGCUGAUCGCGAUGAGAGAAUCCCCAAUUGUUUAAAAUCCCAUCGUUUUUGAGACUUGCGUCCCAGUUCGAAUUAUUUUGUUGGCUAAAACUAAAAACCAUAUCUUUUUUUUAUUGUAGGACGAGACGGAAGAGAUGGUAAGAACGGUACCGAAUUAGAAUAUAAGACCAUAAUUCUAAUCUCGAGAGUAAGGUCGUCAAGAUUCAAUUUUAAUCAAUACGCAGAGAAUGUCUUGGAAUUAAAAUCCUUUUCAAAAGCAACGACUAAAAGUUCAAAACUUAUCCUAAAACAAUGUUCUGACACGCCAAUUGCCCAAAAGUCGAUGAUAAAUAAGAGAACUUAGGUAGGUCAUUCAGAAGUAUUGAAAUUAUCAAGUAAAUACAAAAGUGACAAUAAUCGAGGAACCGAAAAGAAGCUGAAUGUCGCCUACCUUUACAAGACGUUUUCACGUGUUUUCAAUACUGAUUUCAGUUGCAGUCUAACCGGUCUAACGUGGACUUUUAAGUUGAUUUAAGAGGAAACUCUUCUCCUUACAGGUAAGUUAUAUAUUAGGCCGCAGUUUAAGUGACAGUCAAAGUGAUAAAAAAAAUUGUUAAUAAAUAAUGCCUCAAAGUUUCAUAGAUUCUUAUCAUAUAUAAUGAAGAGGCAUCAGUUGCUAUUACACACAUUGUUCCAUUUAAGGAAAGGAUGGCCGCGAUGGACGAGACGGCAUCUUUGGGUACGGAAUGAAGGUUGGUCUGUUCAUGGUGUAAUCACAAAGCUUCUUCCGUUUAUAAUCAUGAUCAUUUUACUGCUAUAAUCACUAUUAAUGCGCUAGUUCAUGUUUAAUUAACACUGAGAGCUACUCUCUCUUACAUUUCUCUGAAAACGCGGCAACAAUUAGAAGCUGUGCGCAAACUAGCUAUUUAUUGUUCAUGUUCUGCGUCAGUUCUUCGUCUUCGUUUUGCCUCUUCUCUUCUUAUCUGCUUGCAUAGGUACGUUGUAAAUCAUAUGAAAGUGUAAAUACCGAAUUUAUGUAACCAGAAAGGAAAAGCGGUUCUUUAGUCUUAUUGAACAACGAUGCGCUCUGGCAAACAGUUCUCAUUCCUUUCUGUUCCACUGGAAGCUAAAACUUAUUAACUUCGAGUCAUAUUUGAAUAUUUAAAUACUUUUGUUUCAUAUAUGAAACAAAAAAUCUCAUUAAAAUUUGGGUUAUUUUGACUUUAUUUCCUUCAUUUUGAGGGUGGGAAGGGAGAGCAAGGAAUAAAAGGAAACAACGGGAUGAAGGUUGGUUCCUACGUACUUACUCUGCCACGCAGAGUUUCUAAUCGUAAUCAUUUUACUGCUAGUUCGAAACUGAUUUGCAAUAUUCUUUUAUUAUUGUUUGGCACUGAGAGCUACUCUGGCUUACACUUCUCUCAGACUUUGAGCAAACUACCAGCCAUUUAUUGUUUAUGUUCUGCGUCAGUUCUUCGUCUUCGUUGCCUCUUCCCUUCUUAUCUGCUUGUAUGGGCACCUUGUAAAUCAUGUAAAAGUGUAGAUAAAAUGUGAACCGAAUUUGUGUAACCAGAAAAGAAAGCGAUUCUUUAGUCCUAUUGAACAACGAAGUGCUCUGGCAAACAGUUCUUGUUCCUUUCUGUUCCACUGGAAGCUAAAACUUAACUUCGAGUCAUAUUUGAAAAUUUGAAUUUUUUUUUUUCAUAAUUAAAUUUGGGUUAUUGUGACUUUACUCCCUUCAUUUUGAGGGUGAGAAGGGAGAGCAAGGAAUUAAAGGAAACGACGGGAUGAAGGUUAGUUCCUACGUACUGACUCUGCUUCGCUCGCCUUAUUUUUUCAAUAUUGCAGUAGUGAACAAACAAGGCAGAUGCAAUCACGAAAAAUAGGCUCAGCAAGGGUCCACAUUCCUGGAUUGUUUCCUCUUUUUGUUGAUUUUCAGGGACAAAAAGGGGAAAGCGGUUCUCCAGGAAAAAACGCCAGUGGGAAGAUUAGGUUUGGCGACACCGCUGAAAAUUGCACCAGGAGCAUCGCUGGCACUGUUCGUUAUAACACUACCCAGAAAACCUUGCAACUAUGCGAUGGAAGUGCCUGGCUGCCACUGGUGACUGCUGGGAAAGGUCUCACGUCAAAUAAUCCAGGCCGUCAUUGUUUGGAUAUUUUAAAUUCGGGUGAGUUUAAGGUCAGAAUAAGAGUUCACGUGCACGUUGAAAAUUGAAAAUUAAAAAUAUUUCCAUAAACGAACGGCGAAAACAAAUUACGGUUAAUUAAAGAAAAGUUUAUAGUUUACGCUUCUAUUUACGACUAUUUAUCACGAUAACUUUUUAUAGUCGAGGACGCACCUAGAUGAAAUUAAAUCACGAUAUUUUCACACUCUCAGAUAUAUAGAUUGUCUUCCUUUUUUUGAUUUAUGAUCAGGUCAGAGCCAGGGUAACGGGAUUUACUGGAUUGAUCCGAACGGCGGCUCAACAACUGACUCGUUCCAAGCUUUCUGCGACAUGCAAACUGAGCGAGGAGGUUGGACCCUAGUUGCCACAAAGGUCUCCUCAAGCUUCCUCUUCAUCAAGUCUGCUUUCUCACCAGUGGCCGCCAAAACUAAGAACACAGACGCCGCGAGUCAUAUCCAUCCAAGCAUGGGGCACUGGGACGAGAUCAUGUUCCGCUUUGCUGACGUUAAUACUAUCCGGGUUAUUUAUAACAGGAAGGCCGGUGCCCCAAACGUCAACAAGGCAGAAUUCGACAAGUUCUUGAUGGGGAAAAGUCUGGAAAGAAAAAACGACGUUUACGGAUUUUAUAAGUAUAGCCUAAGAGAUCCCAAAAGAAAUCCGAAAGGAGGGUAUCUUACCAUCAUAGGAUUGCACGUCAGCUCAAACAAUGGCAUCUCGGAAGGACACGGAGGCUCAGACAAGUGGCUGGACCUGUGGAAUCAUGUGGAUGGAAAUGGAAACAACUAUAUCUACUCUGAUAACAGCAAGGCAACAGGCACAAAGUGUAUCGGGGGCUACUGUUAUCUCAACAAGCCAGUCUGGGUGAUGGUGCGCUAAUUUAAAGAAACAUGUUUCAGUACACUGAAAAAAAAACUCAGUUAACUGUUAACAGAGCUGUUAAAGGCGUUAAAUUUGGUUUUGACACAGACUGGUGUUGGGACAAAGCAAAUGUUAGCCUAUACGUAAAUUUGUGCUAUGUAAAUCAUCAUUACGUCAGGUACCUUAUCGGAAUUUGUCAGUUUUUAAUAGAGCCGGUCUUGUAGUGAAAUUUAAAGGAGCGGAGAAGUCCUGGCUAUAACUGCUUCUAAAUAAACCUCACAAGCUUUGACAGUUAUGGAAGA